CCGCGGCGGUUUGUGGCCGGUGUGUGUAUUUCUUCAGGAGGACGACUUACUUCCAAUUAUCCGCUCGCACACAACGAUUUUUCCUCGCGUUUUCAGUGUCCUCGGGAGCGGAGACCUCCACGGCUUACCGCGGGACCGUGUCACGGACUUUAUUCGUUUGCGAGUUUCUUUUCUGGGGAAUUUAUCGCGUCCAUCAACGAGCUAAGCUAGGUAACGUUAUCGAGCUCCCGAGCUAAUACUGGAUUUGCGCAAAUUCUCCGCGCACAAAAGUUGCACAGACGAAAAAAUAACUUCUUCUUCCUGGAUAAAUUCACUCGGAAUUAUUUCUAAAGUCUCUUUCAGUCCGGAGGGCUUGAUAAGAAGAAGAUAAAGGCCACCGUUACCUCAGCGAAGCUAACGCGCUAUUAUGAAGUUAGCCAGCUAACGCUCUGGUACGCAAGAAAGCACCCUCCGCGGGAGCGGUUUAUAAAGCUUACAUGAAUUUUGACAGUUAAAAGCUUGCAAAUGUCGGGUUGAUUAGGUCUUUAAGCUUUUGUUUUCAUAGUGAAAGGCUGAUCAGUCUUGGGGAGUGGUGGUUUGGUGAUCUGUCCUGCAUACUUGAGCCAAACCCACUCAACGUUAUUAAUCUUCAUUAGGGUUUAACAUUUGCGUUAGUGUGUUUUGUGCCCGUUAAUAUAGAAAUCAUUGCCAGUUAAUCUAGAAACGCAUGUCAAACGGCGGACAGUCUUAUUUCUGGGGGGAGUAUAGAUUAGCUGGUCUAACAGGUUACUAGUAUAUUAGCGUUACUGACUUGUUUUUUUGGUCAGGCCUAUGGUUGUGAAGGGGGAUGAUGAUGAAUUGUGUAGGGAACGAGGUGUAACAGCUCAAGUUGUGGACUGUCAUCUAAAAAACAGAUUUGUAUGGAAUUGGGCAGCUGGUUUGGCAUCAUGGGGGUCUCGCAAGGGGGCAUGAAAUCGUCUACAUAGUGUCUAACUAGUAAUUUUGACGUUAUUAUGUAGUCGGUCAGCAGGAGAGCCUUGUCUUUUCUUAAGAGUUUUUCGUAUUGCUAUGUGCGUUCUCCUGCUAAUUCAUUAAAAAGAUUGGAGAAUUGGAGCAACGGGCCAGUCUGGAUCAAGAAACCUUGUCUUUCGUCUCUGGUUGGAGUAGCACUCCCAAGCCAUCCUCAAUGCCUUCAGCGCUGGCCGUGUUCACCUGUCGCCCGAAUUCACACCCGUUUCAGGAACGUCAUGUCUAUCUGGAUGAGCCGGUCAAGAUCGGGCGCUCCGUGGCCCGGUGUCGCCCUGCCCAGAAUAACGCCACCUUCGACUGCAAGGUGUUGUCCAGGAAUCACGCUCUGGUGUGGUUCGACCACAAGACGGGAAAGUUCUAUCUCCAGGACACCAAAAGCAGCAAUGGCACCUUCAUCAACAGCCAGCGUCUGAGCCGGGGGUCGGAGGAGAGCCCUCCCUGUGAGGUGCUCUCCGGUGACAUCAUUCAGUUUGGGGUGGAUGUGACAGAGAACACCCGGAAAGUCACUCAUGGCUGUAUAGUGUCGACCAUCAAGCUCUUCUUACCAGAUGGCAUGGAAGCUCGGCAGCGUUCAGAUGUUGUUCCAGCACCACUGCCACUGGCUAUUGAUAAGGUGUCCGCAAAUACACCCAGUAUGUAUUCUCAGGAACUGUUUCAGCUCUCCCAGUACCUGCAGGAGGCCUUACACAGAGAGCAGAUGCUGGAGCAGAAGUUGGCCACUUUACAGAGGCUGCUUGCCAGCACACAGGAAGCAUCAGAGAGCAGCUGGCAGGCUUUAAUCGAUGAAGACCGGUUACUCUCUAGAUUGGAGGUGAUGGGGAAUCAGUUGCAAGCAUAUUCAAAAAACCAAACAGAAGACAGUAUCCGAAAGGAGCUUGUAGCCUUAACAGAGGACAAACACAAUUACGAGACGACAGCCAAAGAGUCCCUGAGGCGGGUCCUUCAGGAGAAAAUUGAGGUGGUGAGGAAGCUGUCCGAGGUGGAGAGGAGUUUGAGUAACACAGAGGACGAGUGCACACACCUGAGAGAGAUGAACGAACGCACACAGGAGGAGCUCAGAGAACUCGCCAACAAAUACAACGGAGCCGUCAAUGAAAUCAAGGAUCUCACCGAAAAGAUCAAGUUGGCAGAGGGCAAACAUGAGGAGCUCACUCAGAAAGGCCUGAAUGAGAAGAAAGAGCUACAGCUGAAGAUCGAAGAGAUGGAGGAGAAAGAACAGGUGCUUCAAGCUCAAAUCGAAGCUCUGCAGGCGGACAACGACUUCACGAAUGAGAGACUAACAGCCCUGCAAGUCCGGUUAGAACAGCUGCAGGAGAAAAGCAUAAAGGAAAACAACAGUUUAGACCACUUUCUUUUAAAGAGUGGAGGAGACUGCACUUUAAUCCAACAGUACAUUGAGUGUCAAUCGGUGAGGCAGCUGAAGGAAGCGGUGGACUCAUCCAUUAACAAGCUGUCCAACUUUGAUGAAGUCAUUGAUGCGCAUCUCCAGAAUAACCAGACGACAGUGGACAACAGCUUGGCCAGUCCAGACAGGCUUAAAGAAAACCAAGUAGACGCUAAAGAGUGCGAUAUGUCAGAUACUCUGAGCCCCAGCAAGGACAAAAGCAGUGACGACACAUCAGACGGACAAAUGGAUGAACAAGAACUGAACGAGGCCCAGAACAGGGUUUCUCUUCUGAAAGAAAUGGACAGGAACCUGGAAGCUGGAGAUACUGAGCAUGUCAUUCCACACCUCCACCGAGAGCUGCAGGAGGCCCAGGAGCUCGCCAACACUGGCAAACAGAAAUGCCUCGAGCUGCAAGCACUGCUGGAGGAAGAGAGGAGAACCAACAGACAGCAGACUGAAGAAUCUGCUAAACAGAUCCGCUUUUUACAGACUCAACUGGCGAAGCUCCAGUCUGAUAUGGAGGCUUUGCGUGAGCAGAGAGAGAACACCAUCACCACCACCCGCGAGGAGCUCUACAGCGCCCAGGAGGAGAUCCUGGUUCUCCGGCACGCCAUGGAGUCCGCCACCGCCGAGCGGGAACGAGAGAUCGCUGCUCUGCAGGGAGACCUGAGCGUCGUCACCGCCGAACUGGACAAAUGGAGACAGACGGCAGCCAAGUAUGAAGUGGAGAUCAGCAACCUGCAGGCCAGCUUCCAGCUCCAGAGCCAGCACCAGGAAAGAGCUAGCCAACUUCAAGGUGAAUUGGAGAAGCUUCAGGGCGAGUGCUCUGGUCUGCAGAAUGAAUGUGACAGUCUGCGGGCUGAGAAGACCACACUGAUGCAGAAACUCCACAGACUAGAGGAAGAGCUCGACAGCUCCAGAGAGCGGAGCACGACGUUGAGCAGCAGCCUGAAUGCUCUGGAGAAAUCCCAGGGCGACCUGGAGAAUAAGCUGGGCUCAAUACAAGACCAGCACCAACAGGACGCUAGCAAACUGAAGAUCCAGCUGGCUCAAGCCGAAAGCCGCACCAGAGACCUGCAGAAAGAGUACGACGACACUCAGAAUCUGCUCUCAGAUCUGCGGCAGCGGUAUGAGCAGACGGAGCAGGAGAAAUACUCCAUCAACGACGAGCUGGAACAGAGCAAGGUCAACCUCAAGCUCCUGCAGGAGAAAGGCAGCAGUAGCGGUUGGAUGCCCUGGAUGCCGGUGAUUGCCGCAGUGGUCCUUGUGACCGCAGUGGUGCUUUAUCCCAACUUGUCCAAGAGCUCCUCCUGAGAACCAAUCAGAACACUCGUCGUCUCUACCACUUCCUGUCCCCAGCACGGCCCUCUGUCCAAUCCCAGCGUUCGGUCUAAACCUGAACAUAAUACCUCUCGUUUUGACAAUACAGCCCCAAUGUCUGUGUAAAAUGCAAAUGUAUAUAGUAUAGAAAGAAAGAGGGAAUAAAGUUGUAACGCAUAUUAUAGAAUAAAUAAUCUAUCAGCAUUUUUGUCACUUGGAUGGGAAUUUGGAUUAUUAAAAUGGCCUAAACUAGGUCUACUGUUUCGUUUUCUUGAAUGGGUACCACGUUUUCUGUUAGCAAGUUUUUGUUUCUUGGACUCUUCUUGUGGUUUGCCAUCUUAGAUGUGGUAAUCCAACUAGAUGUACAGCCAAAUGAGGAUCUGAACUCUAGGGCACAGAGGGGAGAAGUGCCUACUUUAAAUACUACUAGGACUAGUUCACAUUGAAGUGCCACUCAUGCAGCGUCUCAUCGAUUCGAAUGGAAAAAAGUCUAAAUUUCACGUCGUCUGUGCUGUUAUUGUGUGUUCGAGCCGACAUGCUUCUAGCACAGUGAUGUCGUUGUUCUCUAUGGCUGUUUCUCUUGUAUCAUGUAUUAUAAGCAAAUGUUCACGUCAGAGACACUACAAGUAUCUAGGUGGUUUUGAAAUUCAACGUUAGGAUUGCGGUCAGCGUCAAACAGAUGGAGCGUUGACCUAAAAAAAAAACAAAAAAAACAAAUGUUGUAGCUUUUUACCAACACACUGUCCUGCUGUUGGGACUGAGAUGGAGCACUUUGAGUUUCUCAAAGUCGUUAAAACUCCUACAGUACCUCCUGGAAAAGGCUCUGGGAUUUUGCUGCCUUACCUGUAACAUAGGUUUCUUCUUACAGAAUGAAAUUGGAUGCAAAGGCUUUAAAAUGAAUGGGAUAAAUGGGUGGAACUGUCACAGAUCCGCUCUCGUGAAGCACAGAAAUAGGUGAGAGUGAAAUAUUUGGAGGGUGAAUGGGUUGUUUAAAUGUGGAUGUGCAAGCUGCUUUGAGACUGCAGGAAGACGAAUUAACCAAUGAUGUGUUUGGUGUGUGGUUCACAUUUGUCUGCUGUGCUGUAAAUAAACAGUCGUGGAGCAAAAAGCCGAGCUCAUCUGGUUCAAGGUGUCGCGGACUUUGUUUUUGCAUCUUUUUUGUUUCACUGGAAAGACAUACUGCAACAAAAAUCCAUCGAACAUGUCGACAUGGAUUUGACCAUGAAUGCAAAAAAGCAAAGCUUGUAGCACAGAAAGGAUAGCUUUAAACAGAUCUCUUGCAUCGAAAGCAGCGUUUUUUUGUUUUUUUAAACAGCAUGAUGGACUUUUUAUUUCUAAAGUCCACUUGGAACAUCGUCCUUCACAGGCUGUUUGUAAAUAUGUAUGUAUGAAUGUUUGUGUGUAAAUAUGUUAUAGUCACAAAAUAAACAUUGGAUAUAAAUGAUAUCGGUCACAUCUAAUUUGCUGCUGAAGCCAGUUUUUAGGAUAUGAUGCGUUGGCCUUUUCUUAUCCUUUUAAUUGGGAUACCAGUUCAAGUUCGGUUUAGUUUAGUUUUAUAGAUGCAUUUGUACCUUUAAUUUGGCUUAAACACGUGCAGUUUUUGACCAAGCGGUUUUUUUUUUAAAUUGCAAAUUAAAGUUUUGGAACUCGUUAACGAUAACAACAAACAUUAGAACUAAGGAAAAGAUGCAAACGCUGAUGUGAAUUUAAACGGGUCGUAGCUGAACCUAUCAAGGCUGGUUUUUGUAAGCAUAAAGUUUGCAUUUUUGUUUCUUCAUUCUCUGUCAGUUCAUAGUGGUGCAAUAAAGUUUCUCACAAGUUGUUUUAAGUUGAAAAUCAAAGCUAAACCUGGGCCUUUGGGAAAAGAUCUCUUUAAACUGGUCACCAACUACCAACCAAGUCAGUUCAGUACAGCACACUGCCUGUAUAUAUUUUUUAUUCGUAAAUAUUGAGUUUUUUUUUUUUCGUCUUGAACUGAGAGAGCUCGGAAUUACACUUUUGUUUUAAACAUCAAAGAUAGUUCAUUGUCAAAAUUCUAUUUUGUAAAGACAGAGUUUCUGGAAUACAGAAAGGGUAUUUGCACUAACAAGUGUGAUGUGCAUGACUUCAAUAAAACAACUUCACUUUA